AUGAAAGAGUCUUUCCACUGUGGUCUCACAGACAAGCAGAUCUUUGAAACAAAGACUGUUGGCGUUGGAGAUGAUGUGAUUUUGACGUGUCCUCGCAAAGCUUUAGGAAGCUUGUUUUGGUUCAGACUUGGUUCUGGCAACGUUCCUGAAGUCUUAGGAAAAACAUUUCACUUUAGGAACGUUGACCAUCACAUCAGAAUUGAAACAAAGCCUGGAACUGUUGUUCUCUACAUUAAUAAAGCACAGCAAAGUGAUUCAGCAGUUUACUACUGUAUGGAAAUACAACAGCAAAACGUUGCAUUUUUAAAAGGAACAAACCUGAGAGUUGAAGGACCGGAGCCUGCAAUCGCUACCGUCCCCCCAUCCGAUCCAGUCCUACCAGGAGACCCAGUGACUCUGCAGUGCUCCGUCCUCUCUGACUCUGACAAGAAAACAUGCUCAGGGGAUUUCACUGUGUCCUGUUUCAGAGCCGGUUCAGAUGAAGAUGGCGAUGUUUGUAAAAUAAGACCCAAAGCUCAGUCUACACAGAAAUGUGUGCCUCUCUCCAACACCAUCACGUCCUCUGAGUUUUUCUUCUGUCCUGUGGCCACAUGUGGAGAAAUCCUUUUUGGAAAUGGAACCAAACUGAACAGUGAAGGUAUAAGUCUGAUUACUAUAGCUUUCUUCAUGUGUUGCAUGAAGGCCUGUGAUGGUUUCAACGACCCUGCAAUCACUGGGCAGCAAAAUCAGCAUCUGUUUAAUUUCCAGGUCUACACUCCCUCCCGCUCACUACGCUCAACCAACAAACGCCGCCUGAUACAACCUCCGCAACAGGGCCUGAGGUUGAUAGCCAGACUCUUCUCCUCUGUGGUUCCCCUGUGGUGGAACUAG